GAGCGGUACGGCGCCGUUGCACACUGCGCAUCUCUGCGACAGCGCGCGAGGUUUUCCUUAUAACCUGCACUCUUCUGCACUCUCGUGCAUUUCGCAAAGAUCUUUCGAACCUUUGGACUCGUGUCGGGGUUUUUCUCUCUCGCUCUCUCUCAGCUCUGCUGUUCGCACUUCAACAAUUUUCUGCUUCACUUGGACGACCGUGGGAUGUAGAUGAAACCGAUCAUCAAAGCUGCGACGAGGAUCAAAGGAUCAAGGAGUUAUGUUUCAAACGGACAUCUUUAAAGGCCUCAAUUUGCAUAUGUCAAGAGGGCAUUUGCAUAUAGAGUAUAUUUAAGGUGAAGUCUCGUUGCCAAAAGGGUUCAUUUACAGCACAUGCUGUAAGCGCCAGAAGGAACCGCAUCAGUGCGAGUGAGUGCUGGAUAUAACAGGAGAGAGAGCGAGAGAGAGAGCGAGAGCGAGAGAGAUAGAGAUAGAGAUAGAGAUAGAGAGAUCCAGGCGGAGAUAAACAUAAACCAAAGGACUCUCCUCCAGUCGGUAACUUUUUCCUCGUGGCAGCGCGGCGGGCGCAUCGGGUCGCGGGGAUGGGUGCAGUGGGAGAGGUUAUCGGCAGCCUGUCUCACAGCUUGGAGAGCUUCGCACACGGACCUCAUUUCUUCCUCACGCCCCCCGGGGACCCCGCUGCGUUGAUCAGCGAGCACCUAGUCUCCGCGGACCUCGCGCACCUUAAAGGGAUCCUCCGGCGGCGGCAGCUGUACUGCAGGACGGGAUACCAUCUCGAGAUCCUGCCGGACGGAACAGUCCAAGGCACAAGGAAAGACCACAGCAAAUUUGGCAUUCUGGAAUUCAUCAGCCUCGCGGUAGGGAUCGUGAGCAUCCGCGGCGUGGACAGCGGGCUGUACCUGGGCAUGGACAGCAAGGGGAAGCUUUACGGCUCGGAGAAGCUGAGCGCAGAGUGUGUCUUCCGGGAGCAGUUCGAGGAGAACUGGUACAACACAUACUCCUCCGACCUGUACCGCCAUGGUGAGAAGGGGUCACACUACUACGUCGCCCUCAACAAGGACGGGACGGCGCGGGACGGCGCGCGCGCCAGGAGGCACCAGCGCUUUACCCACUUCCUGCCCCGGCCCGUCGACCCCGAGCGCGUGCCGGAGCUUUACAAAGAGGUCCUGGGGUACAGCUGAGCUCACCCCCACCCCCGACAACCCACACGUCUCCGCGUCUGUUAUGAGCCCCGCCGUGUACCAAGAUCCCAGGUGCCUGAACGUGACCCCUCAGCGUGGGGUAGCGGCGGGAAGCUGAGGGUCACUCUCA